AUGAAAAUGAUUUAGUAACCGGGUCACCUGUCUUGAUCCGGUCUGGUAUAGCAACAUUGGCAUACUGACCGAAGUGACUAUCAUCCUUUCAACUUGCCUGUUUGAAGGUUGUAACGACACAGCGCGUAACCAAUCUAUCCCUUCCACCACCAUUGUAGCGGAAUUGCACAAACCCAAGAGUUCAGUGGAAAUCUGGCGAUUUCAGCCAACACUCGUGCCUCUUGUCGAGCUGCGGUGGGGAACAGCGCCAGAGAUGAAGCAAGUUAAAAGCAACUCAUCUGCAGAACCAGAAGACACACAAACCAACUCCUCCGAUCUAAUAUGAACACAGAUCGCUCGCCUGACUUUUCCAUGGUCCAUGAUAUACUCCUGGAGCAUCAUAAUGGGGCGAAUCCCAUCCUCAUUGACCGGGACAUCCUGCGCGACCAUGACGCCGAGGUUAGAGUGCACCCAUGUAACUGGGCUGACUGCAAGAUGCAUAUCGGCGUCGAGCAUAGGCAGAUCUCCAGACAUCUCCAGCAACAUCAUGGUAUCAACACCAGCGCUACGAGCGAGGACACGCAGCAGAUCUCCUGUCUUUGGUCGGGUUGUCCCAAAUCCCGUAUGAAACCGGGGAACCUUACACGCCAUAUACUUUCACACCUUGGAGUACGGUGGAAUUGUCAGAUAUGCGGGGCUUCACUCUCGCGGGAUGAUGCCUUUCGAAGACAUACUCUCGAAAAGCCGGGUUGCCAGUAUGCGCAAGCUGUUGUCGAGCAUGGGGGUAAAUCACUAGUAAUCGACACCGCGUGCAUUGAUGGGGGGUUUUCGGCCAGCCAAAUGUAAUCUGCAUCCCCUGAUGUCUCUUAGACUGAUGUAGUCCUCCGGCGUUAUCUUACAGUAUUAUCCCUAUCAUUUUGCGUUCCAACCUUAUAUGCAUCUUCGUAUAGUUUUUGUCCGUCAUCUGUAAUUAUGAUCGUCCUACCAUAUAUUCCUACUUAGUUGAUCCUAUCUAUACUAUUGUACUAGAAAAUGUGUAUUUUAUCCUUGGAUUUUG